AUGUCAAACAUUCAGAAGGUCGAAUAUGAGGCACUCACUGUCUCCGGAGAUAAUUACCUCAAAUGGGCCCUUGACACCAAGAUCUACCUCAACUCAAAAAGUCUGGGUGAAUGCAUCAAAGAUCCCAACACCGCGACUCAAACAGAACGGUACUCGGCGAUAUUUAUUAUCCGCCAUCACCUCGCUGAGUCUCUCAAGCAACAAUACCUCACUCUUGAGGAUCCACUCGAACUUUGGGUGGCACUGAAAAAGCGAUAUGACCAUCAGAAAACGGUCAUACUGCCCCAAGCCAAGUUCGACUGGAAGAACCUACGGUUCGAAGAUUUCAAAUCCGUCGAAGAAUUCAAUUCUGAACUAUUUCGGAUAGUUGCACUCAUAAAACUAUGUGGCGAGGAGGUCACUGAUAAGGAUAUGCUAGAGAAAACAUUCUCUACUUUUGGCACUCCCAAUGUUGUUCUCCAACAACAAUACCGUGCCAUGAAUCAUAGCACCUAUGAGGAUUUGAUAUCUUGCUUACUGCUUGCUGAGAAGAACAAUCAGCUUCUGUUGAGGAACAGUGCCAUGCGGCCUCCAGGAUCAGCCCCAUUGCCAGAAGGAACCAGAAAAGAGUCCAACUUCGUCCAACGUAACAGAUCCUCAGAUCGUGGACGUGGACGUGGAAAUGGACAUGGACUGCGCGGCAGAGGACGCGGUAGACCGAACCAAGAUAACCGAUCUAACCUCAGUUUUGGUCGGGGUAAGGGUCGUGGUAUCAACAAACCGACCCAAAGAGGCAGUUCAUCUAGACCAACUCCUUGCUCAAGAUGCGGAAUGACUAAUCAUUGGGUCAAGAUCUGCCGUACUCCUAAAUAUCUUGCUGAGCUCUACCAGAAGUAUGGGAAAGAUAAUCAUGAGGCUAACCUGGUUCAUCAAGUCAAUGAAGAUGACUCAAAGGAUGAUAAGAUUGAUGGCAUGGAUUAUGAGCUCUCCGACCUCCUUGAUUGA